AUGAGGGCAGGCAUUGUCCUGCACCUGGAGGAACCAAGGGCCCACUGCACCAGUGUCGGGUCUGAUCAUCACUCUGAGGAUUUCAUCCCAGUGUCUAACAGCAGUCAGGGUACCGCUGGCUGUGACAUGGAGAGGACGGAGCGCCAAAGGCAGACCUGCAAAUUCUGGUGUAUUCUGGCGAAUGCCAUUGGAGCUGCACAGUGCUGGGCUGUGAGCACAGUUCCCACUAGAGGACUUCGGGACCUCAUGCCACCCUCAUGGAACAUUGUUCUCUUCAUGGAGAUCUCAGCUGGCAAGCCUCUCUUCAUGGCCGGCUGCAAUGUGCCCCUGUUGCAGCCCUGUGUGGUCGUCUGGGAAGUAGGCAGUGUGCAAGCAGAAAGCUCUGAGGUCCAAAACUUCAUUAAUGAAAUGCACCGUAAGACUCUGAUAGGGCCCCCAUGUGCAGCUCUGACUGAGAUGGCUCCGUUACUGCACAGCCACAGGACUCUUCUUCUGGCUGUGGUCUUCUGUUUCCUGCCUUGCAUCGCUUCCUCCCUCAACCUGGAGGAUCCCAACGUCUGCAGCCACUGGGAGAGUUACUCAGUGACGGUCCAGGAGUCAUACGCUCAUCCUUUUGAUCAGGUUUAUUACACCAGCUGCACCGACAUCCUGAACUGGUUCAAGUGCACCAGACACAGGGUGAGCUAUCGGACAGCGUAUCGCAGAGGUGAGAAAACCAUGUACCGCAGGAAGUCCCAGUGCUGUCCGGGGUUCUAUGAGGAUGGAGAGAUCUGUGCACCUCACUGUGCAGAGAGCUGUGUUCACGGCCGUUGUAUGGCUCCCAACACCUGCCACUGCGAACCGGGCUGGGGGGGCUCCAACUGCUCCAGCGCUUGUGACAGUAACCACUGGGGCCCCCACUGCAGUAACAGAUGUCAGUGCCAGAAUGGAGCGCUGUGUAACCCCAUCACUGGAGCCUGUAUCUGCACUCCUGGAUACAGAGGCUGGCGCUGUGAGGCCCAGUGUGAAGUGGGCACCUAUGGAACCGGAUGCCAACAGAAAUGUCAAUGCCAGAACGGUGCUGCCUGUCACCAUGUGACUGGAGAAUGCAAGUGCUCACCGGGAUAUACUGGAGCUUUCUGUGAAGACCUGUGUCCUCCAGGUAAACACGGGCAGCAGUGUGAGGAGAGAUGUCCAUGUCAGAACGGAGGAGUGUGUCACCAUGUGACUGGAGAGUGCUCCUGCCCUGCAGGAUGGAUGGGUACAGUGUGUGGACAGCCAUGUCCAGAGGGGAGAUUUGGACAGAACUGUUCCCAGGAGUGUCAGUGUCACAACAACGGCUUUUGUGUGUUGUCCACUGGACAGUGUCUUUGCACCCCUGGAUACUCAGGAGAAAGGUGCCAGGACGAGUGUCCAGUUGGUACUUAUGGUGCUGGCUGUGCAAAGACGUGUCGAUGUAAGAACAACGGCAAGUGCUACCACACCAACGGAGUUUGUCUGUGUGAGCCUGGAUACACAGGGGAGAUCUGCGAUGUCCGACUGUGUCCUGAAGCGCACUACGGCCUCCGGUGUGACAGGAAGUGUCCGUGUACUGCCCAGAACACGCAAAGCUGCCACCCGAUGUCAGGGGAGUGUACAUGUCAGCCCGGUUGGUCCGGCCUCUACUGUAAUGAGACAUGCACCCCAGGAUUCUAUGGCGCAUCCUGCCGGCAGGUGUGCCAGUGCCAGAACGGUGCCGACUGCCACAGUGUGACCGGAGAGUGUAUCUGUGCUCCAGGCUUUACGGGUCCCAACUGUUCGGUCCCCUGCCCGGCAGGGACACAUGGAGUGAACUGCUCAUCCAGCUGUAACUGUAAGAACAGAGCUCAGUGUUCACCUGUGGACGGAUCCUGCUCCUGUAAACCAGGGUGGCAUGGGGUGGACUGCUCCAUCAACUGCCCCAGUGGUACCUGGGGUCUGAGCUGUAACCUCACCUGCAUGUGUGGGAAUGGAGGGUCGUGUAACGCCCUGGACGGUCACUGCACCUGUGCCCCCGGCUGGAGGGGAGAGAAGUGUGAGCUGCACUGCCAGGACGGUACCUACGGUCUUGAGUGUAAAGAACGCUGUGACUGUAGUCACGCUGAUGGAUGUCACCACUCCACUGGUCACUGCCGCUGUCUGGCUGGAUGGACUGGUAUCCACUGUGACAGUGUGUGUGCAGAGGGCCGCUGGGGCCCGAACUGUUCCACCCCCUGUAACUGUAAGAACGGAGCCUCCUGCUCUCCAGAUGAAGGAACGUGUGAGUGUGCUCCCGGAUACAGAGGCACCACUUGCCAGAGGAUCUGCUCUCCAGGUUACUUCGGUCACCGCUGCAGUCAGACCUGUCCACAGUGCGUCCACAGUAACGGACCGUGUCACCACAUCACGGGACAGUGUGACUGCUUGCCGGGUUUCAAGGGGACGCUGUGCAACGAAGUUUGUCCCAGUGGUCGCUUCGGGAAGAACUGUGUGUGGAGCUGCAGCUGUACCAACAACGCCACCUGUAACCCCAUCGACGGCUCCUGUCAGUGUUAUCCAGGAUGGAUUGGCAGCGACUGCUCCCAGCCGUGUCCCCCUGGUCAGUGGGGACCCAACUGCAUCCACACGUGUAACUGUCACAAUGGAGCCUACUGCAGCGCUUAUGAUGGCGAGUGCAAGUGCACCCCAGGAUGGACCGGCCUCUACUGCACACAACGCUGUCCUCUAGGCUUCUAUGGGAAGGACUGUUCUCAGACCUGCCAGUGCAGGAACGGAGCCGACUGCGACCACAUCUCUGGACAGUGCACCUGUCGCACCGGCUUCAUGGGACGUCACUGUGAACAAAAGUGUCCUCCUGGUUCAUAUGGUUACGGCUGCCGUCAGGUGUGUGACUGUCUGAAUAACUCCACCUGUGAUCACAUGACCGGAACGUGUUACUGCAACCCAGGCUGGAAGGGAGCUCGCUGUGACCAAGCUGGUGUGGUGGUGGUGGGCAGCCUCAACAGUCUGACCAGUGCAGCCAUGCCGGUAGACACCUACCAGAUCGGAGCCAUCGCAGGAAUCAUCAUCCUGGUGCUGCUGGUGCUCUUCCUCCUGCUCCUCCUCAUCAUCUACAGAAACAAGCAGAAGGGCAAAGAGCCCACCAUGCCGGCUGUGACCUACACUCCUGCCAUGAGGGUCACUGCGGAUUACACCGUUACAGAUGCUCACCCACCAGCAUGUGAGGCCCACCCCAGCAACUACUUCUCCAACCCCAGCUACCACACUCUGACCCAGUGCAUCAGCCCCCCACGAGUUAACAACGGCCCCUAUGGAAAGAAGAACAACCAGCUGUUUGUGAACUUGAAGAACGUGGCUCCGAGGAAAGGGGCUCCUCUACCUGAUCACACCGGCACCCUGCCUGCAGACUGGAAACAAGGGGACUGCUUCAAUGAACUGGGAGCGUACGGGAUCGAUAGGAGAUACAUGGGGAAAUCAUUACGAGAUCUGGUGAAGGGUACGCCCUACCACGCUAGUUCCUGUUCCCUCAACAGCUCUGAAAACCCGUACGCCACGAUAAAGGACCCUCCCCUACUGACAGCCAAAAACACAGAGUGUGGCUACGUGGAAAUGAAGUCACCAGCCAGACGGGAUUCACCGUACACUGAGAUCAGCAACAGCAACCCCGCCAACAACCGCAAUGUCUAUGAAGUUGAGCCAACGUUAAGCACCAUCCCGCCCCCUGGAGACGGCAGCGACCAUGGACAGUUUGGUCAGGAUCCGUACGAUCUACCAAAAAACAGCCACAUCCCGUGUCACUAUGACCUCCUGCCAGCCAGAGAGAGUCCGUCAUCAGAGCUCAAGGAGCUGGACAGUGAAUGAUGGCGCAGACACUCAGUACAGAGAUCAGGUCUCACUUCCAGUCAACAGCUCCAGCACUGGAUGAU